AUGAAAAAGAGAGAGAGAGAGAGAAAAAAAAAACUUGAAAAAUCAAAGAAAAUUUUUUCACUGGGUAUUAAACCAUUUGAGAGGUGGUCCAUCAUUAACAUGAAUAGGUUCUCUAUAAUAACCAGACCUUUAAUUAGAUCUGCACAUACCUUAAAGGUUUUUAAUCCAAUACCUGUUAGAUUUAUAACAACAACAACUCCAAAACUUGCCAGUUUAUUGGGAGAUAUCACAGAAAAUAAGAUUGAACCUCAAUCAACACAAGCAGUUGAAACAACUGAUGAAGAAACUAGAAAAUCUCAAGUUACUCCAGAAAAUGAUCAAGAGUUGAUUAAUUUUUAUGAAAAAAAAGCUGAAGGUGUACAAGUUAAAGUUGAAAAUUAUAUUCAUCCAUUGAAAAUUGCAUUAUUUAAUAAAAAUGUUGAAAUGAAUGGUUUUUUCAAGAAUGGUCAAGUAUUAGAUCAUGAAGGUAAAAAAUAUAAAUUCACUUUAACUAAACAAGAAAUUGAUAUUUUGGAACCAUCUAUUUAUUUACAAAGUUAUAGAAUUAAAUCAUCUAUGAAAAAGGCCACUAUUGUUAAUAGAAUGGUUAGAAAAUUCAAUGUUAAAUUAGCUAUUAAUCAAUUACAUUUCAAUAGUAAGAAAAUGGCUACUGAAUUAGAGAAAUUAUUGAAAAAAGGUUUAGAAGAAGCCAAAAUAUUGAACAUGAAUGAAAAUGAAUUAUAUAUUGAUCAAUUAUGGACCGGUAGUGAUGGUAACUGGAGAAAGAGAAUAGAUUUCAAAGGUAGAGGUAGACAUGGUAUUCUUCAUCACAGAUAUGUUCAUUUGAAAUGUGUUUUAAAAACUCAACAAACUUUGGAUAGACUUGCCUGGGAAAAGAACCAAAAAGAACUUCACAGUAAACCAAGUACUCCAUUAAAUAACGAACCAUUGAAUAUUAAAGUGAGAGGUUGGUACAAAUGGUGA